UCAGCCGGUUCCGGUCCCGCCCUUCACUUCCGGUCGCCUUUGGUUCUUUGGUGGACGGUGUCAGCGUCCUCUGCAGCAGGGUCCGCCGCUCUCCAGCUAUUUUUCCCAAAGGAAAGCUCACUGCCUCAUAUGCUUCAAGAAUGGCUCUCCCUAUCAUUGUAAAAUGGGGUGGACAGGAAUAUUCAGUGACCACACUUUCAGAAGAUGAUACUGUGCUAGAUCUCAAACAGUUUCUCAAGACACUUACAGGAGUGCUGCCAGAACGCCAAAAGUUACUUGGACUCAAAGUUAAAGGCAAACCUGCAGAAAAUGAUGUUAAGCUUGGAGCUCUCAAACUGAAACCAAAUACUAAAAUCAUGAUGAUGGGAACUCGUGAGGAGAGCUUGGAAGAUGUCUUAGGUCCACCCCCUGACAAUGAUGAUGUUGUCAAUGACUUUGACAUUGAAGAUGAAGUCGUUGAAGUAGAAAAUAGGGAAGAAAACCUACUGAAAAUUUCUCGCAGAGUGAAAGAAUACAAAGUGGAAAUAUUAAAUCCUCCCAGAGAAGGAAAAAAGCUUUUGGUACUAGAUGUUGAUUAUACAUUAUUUGACCAUAGGUCUUGUGCAGAGACUGGUGUAGAAUUAAUGAGGCCAUAUCUUCAUGAAUUUCUAACAUCUGCAUAUGAAGAUUAUGACAUUGUUAUUUGGUCUGCAACAAAUAUGAAGUGGAUUGAAGCUAAAAUGAAAGAGCUGGGCGUGAGCACAAAUGCAAAUUACAAGAUUACCUUCAUGUUGGACAGUGCUGCUAUGAUAACGGUGCAUACUCCAAGAAGAGGAUUAAUAGAUGUAAAGCCUCUUGGUGUUAUAUGGGGAAAGUUUUCCGAGUUUUACAGCAAAAAGAACACCAUUAUGUUUGAUGACAUAGGAAGAAAUUUUCUAAUGAAUCCACAAAAUGGACUAAAGAUAAGGCCUUUUAUGAAAGCACACCUAAAUCGAGAUAAGGACAAAGAACUUCUAAAAUUAACUCAGUACCUCAAGGAAAUAGCAAAAUUAGAUGACUUUUUGGAGCUAAAUCACAAAUAUUGGGAAAGGUAUCUCUCCAAGAAGCAAGGACAGUAGUUACAAGUUAUACUGGCAGUUAUUGAAGAUACUUGAGAUCCAUGAACUUUUUGCUUUUAUGCUAGAAAUCAUUAUGAUAGUGCUGGACACUGAAGCAAAUACCAGACUGCUUAUCCUUUGGUCUUCCAGUUUUUUGUAAGUUUAAUUUUAUAUUUUUUGAAGAUCAUAGCAAUAGGCUAAAAAAAUUCUUUCUCCCCUCAUAUGAAU